AUGUCUGGACAAGCACCAUAUAUGUCGGCGCCUCAAUAUGGUUAUCCGACGGGUUUUCAGCAGCGUGAUGUACGUUAUCCUGGUGGUCCGGCUGUUGAAACAGCUAUGGGAAUCAACCGACGGCCAUCAUUACUUGCGGGAUACCAUGGUCAUUUUAGUAGUCCAGAAAGAGCUUCCAUGCCUCCCUAUUUAUUUUCUUUAACAACUCCUGUUUCAAUGGGACCACAUGUUGAUGAACAUUCAAAACGAUCACGCUAUCCUUCUAAUAUUCCAUUACUAAUUGAUGUGAAACAGGAGCAACCUUUAUACCAGCCUCAAACUGAAGCAAUUUCACCAAUAUUUGAUGAAGCUAAAAUUGAUUCACAUAUGAGAGAUACAACGAUAAUACGUAAUUCAAUAUCAAAACUUGAAUCCGAUAUUGAAAUAACAAAGAAAAAACUUGGCCGAGCUAAACUUAGUCAGAAUGAAAUACGAAGUCAAGCUGAUAGAUCAGCUGCUGACGAAGAAGAAACCAGUGACCAAGAUGACCUACUUAAAACUAAUGGUUCGCAAACACUCAUCGAAAAAAUUCUUCACGAUAAUAGAAAAAAAGCUGAAGAUAGUCAAAAAGUUUUAAAUCAAUUGAAUAAUAACAUGGAUUUAACAAUUCCAUUCUAUCAAGAACCGAAUGAUCUUGAAUCAAUAGAAAAAAUUCGAACACAAUAUAUGAGUGUCAUGAAAAAUCGCCUAAUAAAUUUAUUAAAAAAGAGUCGUGAACGUUAUAUGUAUCGAACGAAAUUCGAAAGUGAAAACUACGACCAAUCGUAUCAACAAUGGCAAAAAGCAAUUGAAAAAGAAGAAAAAGCAAUAUUAGCAAAAGAUGGAACGACCUAUCGUGAUACAUUUGAAAAAACUUUUCCUGAACUACGAAAAGCCCGUGAAGAUAAAGAGAAAAAGCAAUCAACAUUGAAUACAAAUGAUUCAUCAUCAUCAUCAUCAUCAUCAUCAUCAUCAUCAAGUGAACCACAGCUACAACUACAACAGCAACAACAGAUAACACCGAAUAUAAAUUCAAUUGAACAAGAAAAUGAAGAUGAAACAGAUGAAAAAAUGCGAAAAUCAUCUGUUAUACCACCUAUAAUGUACGAUAGUUGGCAACGUAAACAUCAGUAUUUCAAUCAGAAUGGCUUGGUCAAGGGUGAUGCAGCAGUAUUUUAUAAAGAACAUACCAAAGAGCCGUAUUGGACCCCUGAAGAAAAACAAAUAUUUAUUGAAAAAUUUACUCAAUCACCAAAGAAUUUCGGUUAUAUAUCAUCAUUUCUUGAAAAUAAAACAACGGAACAAUGUGUAAAAUUUUAUUAUAUGACGAAAAAGAGAGAAAAUUAUAAAAAUCUCUUACGAAAACAAGCGCAAACUGGUAAACGUAAAACAAAACAAAAUACAACCACAACAGUUACAUCGUCAACAACAAUCGAAACAACUUUAGUUACUAAAGUUACUUCAAAUACUAUUAUUUCAUCAACAUCACAACAAAUAAUUGCAUCAGGACAAGAUAUUGAUCGUUCAAUAGAUCGCAUAGACAAUGAUGAUGAACGACGUGAUAAAGAUUCCGGUGAAACCAACGAAGAAAAACGUUCAAAUAAAAACCGAUGUCAAUUAUUAUCUUGUACAACAGAAAAAGCUAGUAAAAAGAAAAACCGUAAAAAUCGCUUACGUGCGUUUCCACCAAAAUGGAAUGAAUUAUCAAAUGAGCACCAAGAAGAAAUACGUCGAGUAUUACAAAUUCUUCCAAAUGUUCAACGUUGUUGUACACGUUGUUAUGACAAAUUAAUUAGUGAAAUACGUCAACGAAAAACAAAUCAAUCAUUAGGAGGAGAAGAAGAUGAUGACAAUGAUGAAUCAGCAAUAAUUGCUCAUCAAAAACAAGAAGAAGAAUGGAGUAAAACCGAAAUUGAUGCAUUUACUCAAGCACUCAAUAGAUAUAAUCAUGAUUGGGCUCAAAUUGCUGAAUAUUGUCAUCGUAGUGUGGAAAACUGUCGUGAAUUCUAUUUAAAACACUUGAAAAAUAUAUCACCUAUUGAUCAGAAUAUUGAUGACGAUAACGGUAGUAUAUCAGGUUCAGAGUUAAGUCAAACAAAGCAAAUAAACGAUGAUAAUCAAUUAAAAACAAUAAAUGAAGAUAGCAAUGAUUCAACACACGGGAUGGUAAUCGAUGAAGGUGAAGACCAAUCAUCUACUACUGAAGAGAAAUCUUCCAAACCAAUGCCAAUAGCAGCACAUUUAACGACAAUAACAUCACUGGUUGAAAAAGAAAUAUCAAAAACAUUGAGUGAAACUGAAAAACGUUCAUUAAGUAAUGUUACUAAUAAUAAUGCCAAUAGCAAUACAUCACCAGAAAGAAUAAUUAGCAAUAGUAAUGAUAACAAUAAUCCUGCUCAAGCACCAGCACCGCCGCCGCCGCCACCACCACCACCACCACCACCACUUAUUACAAUUAAUAAGCCUCAUUCGCCAGUGACACAUUAUCAAUAUUCAUCUCAUCCACAGCAAGCAUUUGUAAAUAAAGGUUCCAUUAUGCGUGGAACACCUAUAACGUCCACGACACCAACAAAUAAGCCAAUUGCUAUUGAUAUAUCGGCAGCACAUCCUCAUGCUCAUCCUCAUCCUCAUCAUUAUAAUAGUUCAAGAAAUGAAUAUUCACAUCUUAAAUCGCCGAAAAUAUUAGAUCGAAGUAUUGAACAUCAACAACAACACCAACUCCAACACCAGCAGCAGCAGCAGCAGCACCAGCAGCAGCAACAACAACAACAACAACAACCACAGCAGCAGCAGCACCAGCAACAUUUGCUUCAACAGCAACAUGCAGCUCAUAUGCGCCAGUAUGGUCAUCAACAACAAUAUUUACAACAACAAACACAGCAGCAGCAUAAAACUUUAGCAAGUAAAAUAGAUCCAUCAAAUACAGGUACACUGGAAACAUUAAGGGCUGAUUAUAUAACAUCAAAAUAUCUGACAACUACACAUUCACCAAGUCACGAACGUCAACAUCGUGGUGGUCCUGAACAAGUUUCUUCUUCUCAAAUAUCUCCACCUAUGGGUCAAUCAUUGCUUCCACCACCUGCUACGAUUGCUGCUCCUGGUUCAAAUGCGUCUGUUCCAUCAUCACAACAUCAUCAUGCGCAACAAGCUGCGAUGAUAACUGCUUCGCAAUUACUAGCUUCUUCAGGCGUAUAUCCACAAGACUUGCUAUCUAGCAGUCUUUUACCAUAUGCGUCAUAUUAUGGUUCACCACCGUCGAAUGCACCGUUCUUAUUUGAUCCACGUUUUAUGCAUGAAUAUGCUAAUGCUGCAGCAAAUAAUGAGCAAUUGAAAGCUGAACAUCAUAUAGCAGCGAUGCGUCUAAGUCGGCAUCAUCAUCCAUCUUCUUUACAUGGGCAUUCACCGCCGGAUUUAACUUACUCCUCGCAAUCUUCAAAACGACAUUCACAUGAUAUAGGAUAUCCAACAAAUGACUAUCAAGCAUCUAUGUGGCAUGCACAAAAUAUGAAUAAUUCUCAAGCACAACAAAUAAAACUUCAUCCUGGAGUAACAGAAAGUUCAUUGUUAAAAGUAAAUGAAUUAUCUCGAUAUUCAUCAGCGCAUCCAACAGAAAGAAAUAGUCGAUCACCGGAUGAUUAUCAUCAUCAUGUAAAUCCAUCACGUAAUUCUGCUGAAAGUCCCUCGAUUCAUUUUCAACGUGUUGAAGCUCAUAAUCAUCAUAAGCUAUCUCAUGAUAAAACAAAUCCAAAUUUACAUUUUUCUGAUCAUUCAACAGAUGGAACUUCGUUAAAUUAUAUAAGACAACCUCCUAAUGUUCACAAACCUCAAACAACUCAUCACUCACCUCAUCGUCAUCAUCAUAUUAGUACGAAUUCAAAUAAUCGUUCAUUAGUACCGCCAAUGCAUAAUUCCCAGAUUUCACCUCAUCAUCCAGCUUAUUUGAUGCAUGGCCAUCAUCAUAAUUCAAUUGAUUCAAUAUCACCUCAACGACAACAACAGCCAUCACCUCAUCAUCAUCAUCAACCACACUAUUCACAGCAACAACAACAACAACAACAACAACAACAACAACAACAACAACAACGAGCAUCCGAUCAUAAUGAAUCCUCAAUCAAUUCCAAAGAAUCAAUCUCAAUUCAAGAAUUCAUGAAUAAGAAUGUGAAUGAUUUUGUUAGUUCAACAAAUAAUGAUAAUAAAACUUCAACUAACGAUUUAUCAUCAUACGAGCCCCAUAAUAAUCAAUCAGCCCGCUCUCAUCAAACAAAUAACUCUGAUCAACCAAUUUUAAUCGAUGGUGAUGAUGAUUCAAAUCCUAUAGAACCGACUGAUACAACAAAUAAAUCAAAUACAGACAGUGGAAUGUUUGAACGACGUCGUGAUAGUUCUAUUAAAAAAAUCCUUUCAAAUCAGCCCUUAGAAAAACAAGAAUAUGUUGAAAUUAAUCAAAAGGUUCAAAAUAGUUCUGCUCUAGCAUCCAAAGUACAUGCAACUAAUGAUCAGACUGGUGUUGAACGCUCUAAUACAUCUAGUGACCUUACAAGAUCUCGCGGUUCAAUAACAAUGCGUAUGUUAAUGGGUCAAAAUGAUAUAUAUGCUGAUGGUAAAGCUCAACCACCAGCAUCUAAUGAAACUCCAUCAACUAAACGUGCAGCAUCUCCCGCAAUUGAUAAAUGUGAAAAGAUCGAAUAUUUAAUUCGUGAUGCACUUGAUCGUGCAUGCCCGGUACUGAUUAAACGUGAUGAAGCAAUGACGAUAUUUCAAAAAUCAUCGCCAAACCAACAGACACAGCAAAAUUCAUCGAAACGAUUACGGCCAUCACCAAAAGAUGAAGAACAACGUCACUCAUCUUCUCAUCCAACUCAUGAAUCGCCAACAAACACACGAGAUCCAUUUGCUUUACAACCUCCAUCGAAAAAUCAACAUCAUCAAUUAACAUCGCCAGCGCAAGGAAAUAAAAAUUGGCAAACAUAUGUUCAACAACAUUAUCAGUUAACCAAUCCUUAUUCAUCACAAUUUGCUUCUCGGUCAUCACGCCCGACAGGUUCAAUAACCCAAGGUAGUCCUGUAUCAUCGUCCUUACAUUUAUUGCCGGAUCAACAGCGAUAUUCAUCAGCAACUAAUAAUCAGCUUGUGAAUCCACGUUAUUCCUGCCAUACGAAUAAAAAUGAUCAACAAUCUUCGUCAUCAGGCCAAUUAUCAACAUCACCAAUUGAUAAUUCACCUAGAGGAAAACUUUUUCGAAGAGCAAAUCAGACGUAUUCAUCUCCAACAGACGCUCAACAUGAGCCAACAAGCGGUGAUCAUUCAUUGAGAUUAAAAAGUUCACCUACUAAUCCUACACCGACUGAUACGAGUACUAGUAAUACUCCUCCAAUAGCUACAUCGCCGUCACUGGCAAUGCCAUCUAAUAGUGCACAUCCACUUAAAAAACGUUUAAUAAGCGAAUAUGAACUUGAACAACAACGAAAGUCCCCCGUUAUACCGACUCCAACAACUACAUCUAUAGAAAAAAGUGGAACAACAGAAGAAUUAACGAAUACUUCUACUUUUGACACUCCAAAACAUAAUGCAGAAACUGUUUCUAAUGCUGAAAACUCUAACGACAUGUCAAGUGGUUCAGCAUUUAGUAAUGUACUCAAAGCUAAGGAAGAUUUACAAAAGUCUCCUGAACAAUUAGAACAAGAAAAACGAUCGGUUCUUACUCAACGUAUACCAGCAUUACAAGUUGAUGGAAAAUCGAAGGAAGAAUUAAUAGAAAAGGCAAAACAAUUGCAUUCACUUCUUCAUCAAUUACAUGGUUCUAUCUAUGAAUUGACAGAACGAUUUGAACGACAAAAAUACGAUAUGGUUGAAUUAACUGAACGUGCCCGUCAAAUUGAGAAAGGAAAAGCAAAAACACGUAAAUCAAACAUUGUUCAUACUGGUCUUGGAGGUGGUAUUUUUGCUGGUGUCAGUGAUGUUACAGCUAAAGCACCGCAAAAAGUAUCACUUUUCAGUCGAUACGAACGUGUUACCGAUCGUCGUACGUACAAAGAUCGUCGUGAUGUUUGGUCCACAGAAAAGAAACAAGCUGAAUUCGUUCCUGAACGUCCAAAAGCUAAAAUAAGACAUAAUACACCACCACCUGAAGAAAAUCCAUUACGUAAAAAUAAAGAUGCUCCUCAUACUAAACCUGACGAACAACAUGAAGAUGCGCAUGCCGCAGCAGCUGAAGAAGAACCAGCGCCAGCUGAAGAACCACCAGCUGAAGAAGAGCCAGCAGCUGAACAACACGAAGAGGUAGAAGAAGAAGAAGAAGAAGAAGAAGAAGAAUAA